AUGUAUUCCAGAUUAUCAACAAGGUUGUUGGUUCCAUCAAGGAUUUCGGUUGCUAAGUCGAGACCUCAGGGUUUCCGUUAUCAAUUGGUGAGACAUUAUUCUUGGGAUGUUGAAAACUUGAAGCAGGAGAAUAACCAAAUUGAUACCGACAACUCUGCAGAAACAACUGGGGUGUUGGAGUAUCAGCACCAAACAGAAACUGUGUUGUAUUUCAAUCAUCUUUAUCCAUUUGCUAUUUCGAAACUUCAAUUCCAAAAAUAUUUUAGGUUUUUGCUAUCGUCUGUACAAAACAGAUAUACUAACGAAAAGGUAAUUGAACAGGUUGAGAAAUUAACCAAUACCGAUACUAAUCCGUUACCAUCAGAUGCUAAGAUCGUCGAUUUGGUGCCUUUGAAAAGAGAUGGUGGGGCAUUUGUCAAAUAUCAAAUUCCGCAAAAUAUGACUUCCAAAGAGUUUAUCAAUCAAAUUGAAUCAAAUAUUAAGGAAAACGAACUUGAUUCUCAUAAAAACAUCUUUAAAUUUGUUCAAAACCUAAUAUGGAAUAACCAUCCAACUGCUCAUCAAGUUAAGGGUGUUCCUUGGAUUGAAGAUUUGAGUAGAUUUCCUAGUUCAAGAAUAAAAGUGAUUUUUGAAGGUGAUCCAUUGACUGAAGAGGAAUUGUACUUGUUAUUCAGAAGGUACGGUUUGAUAACAGAUAUCAUUCCACCUAAAGCAGAUCCGUUUGCAACUAUAAUCUUCCGUGGUAUUAAAUCUGCCAUUAGUGCUAAAAAUUGUGUUACUGGUUUAUCAUUGAAUAAAGGGAAAACUGUAUUGCACUUACAAUACAUUCCAAUUAAAAGAGUCAAUUAUAUUACUGACUUUAUUGUGAAUCAUCAAAGAAUCUCGAUUCCUACAAUUUUGGCUAUUAUUGCAACCGUUGCCGUGCUUAUUUUUGAUCCGAUUAGACAAUUUUUCAUUGAACUGAAAAUUGGUCAAACGUAUUCUUUGGAGAAAUAUAAAGAUAACGAAUAUGUCAAAGUUAUUUAUAGCCCUUUUCAAACCGUUAAAGGUUGGAUUACUACUGGAUAUAAUUAUAUUGAUGACCAUUUGAACUCAACUUGUGAAGAAAUCAUUGGUUUACAACAAUCAUCUGGAGAUUCCGAAAAAAUUAAUAUUUUAUGGAAUGAAAGAUUUGAAAGAAUUAAACAAUUGAAAUUAUGGAUACACGAAAAUAUUAAUACAUUUAUGAUUAUUAAAGGUCCAAAAGGUUCUGGUAAACAAGAAUUUGUUAUGGAACAUACCUUGGGUAAUGAUCCAGUAUUGGGUAAAAAAGUUUUAUUUAUUGAUUGUGAUAAUUUAGCCAAGUCAAGAUCUGAUAAUUCGUUAAUUCAAAACUUCGCUAAUCAAGUUGGAUACUUCCCUAUUUUUACCUGGACCAAUUCGGUAUCACAAUUUAUUGAUUUGGGAGUUCAAAGUGUUACUGGUCAAAAAUCGGGAUUAAGUGAAUCCAAAGAAACUCAAUUGAAAAACAUCUUACUGUUGGCUACUCAAGCAAUCAGAUCGGUUGGACUUUCUGGAUUUAAUGACUAUCAGAAAGCAACUGAGAGAAGAAACAGACAUAAUGGAGAGCAAGUUGUUAUCAAAGAAGAUGAUUAUUUGCAGCAAUUUCCUGAAGAAAAACCAAUUAUUGUUAUUGAUAAAUUCAUGAAGAAAACCGAUGGCAAUCAUGAUUUCAUUUAUAAACUACUCAGUGAUUGGACUGCUCAAUUAAUUCAAAGUAAUUUAGCCCAUGUUAUUUAUAUCACCCAUGAUGUUGGAAGUAUACAACAUUUGACUGAUUCAUUACCCAAUCAAGUUUUCAAGACGAUAUCAUUGUCAGAUGCUUCAGAAAAGAGUUCACAGCAAUACGUGAUCAAUCAAUUAGGUAAUGAUUUUGAAGCCAAGCACGAAAUUGACACUUGUUUGAAACCUUUGGGAGGAAGAAUGUUAGAUUUGCAAGCCUUUGUCAGACGUAUUAAAUCCGGAGAAACCCCUAAAGAUGCAUUGAAUGAAAUGGUCAGUCAAGCAGCAGAACAAGUGACUACGUUUUUCUUGAAUCAUACAGAUAAUAAGGAAUUUAACUGGUCAAGUGCACAAAUUUGGACUAUAAUGAGGUUAUUAAGUGAUAAAGAUGAGAUAAGUUUUGAAGAAAUGAAUAAAUGUCCAUUAUUUAAAUCAUCUAAUGAAACGAUGAUGACAUUAUCAACUUUAGAAAAAAAUGAUUUAAUUAGUUUGAAGAGAGAUAAAGGAAUCUUGAGUAGUAUAUCUACCGGAAGGCCAUUAUAUAAGGCAGCAUUUCAGGACUUAGUUGGAGAUGAGAAAAUCUUUAAAUUUUAUGAAGUUGAUUAUUAUACAAAUUUAAUUAAUAUUGAGAAUACAAAGAUUGUCAAGUAUGAAGAAGAAGUUAAUAAGAUAAGUCAAUUGAAUGAUUUAAGUUUAUUAAAAGAAAGAUUAAAUUACUUGAGUGAUAAAAUUAAAGGAAGCACUUAUAAAAUCAUUGGAUAUGAAGAAAGAAUUAGUAAAAUUGAAAAAACCGGUCAUGAAAGUAAGAGUAUUUUAAAUAAGAUUUUUUAA